AUGAAAUUCCUAGAAAAGCGCCGAAAUCGCCAAUUUCUACAGUUCUCGGCUGCGUCAUUACUUUUUGCGGUUGUCAUCUAUUUUUUCGCUGCCUCCACUACAGGCCAGUCCGCGGGUGUUGCGUUAAAGGAAUGGUUGAAGACUUUCCUGGUGUGGCUGGAUCAACUCGUAUUUUUCGCCCUCGUUGCCGCAACUGCGACGUUUUUCUACUACAAAACCGUUCCCGUGCCGGCACCCAGAAGAUUCGAUACGACCUUGAAGAAGUUGGCUCCGGGAGAAAAGGUGUAUCCAGUCCUACAGUCCACAUUCCACGAGCCGCCACCACCUUUUGUCGAGCGGGAGCCGACGGAAACUGAAUAUGGAUAUAGGAUGAAAUUCACC